UGGCAUAUUGGCAUUACGUGCUUUCAAUGGGAGGAGUCUCUCUUCUUGUGUUUUAAUUGGCUGUCAGCUAAAGCGCAGAGAAGUGUGAGUAUCUGUAAUUAUAUUCAGCAUGUUUUGCACAAGAAAUGUCAGCCAGAAAGGGCUAUCCUCAUCCUCCGUCAAAUUAUACACCAACGAUGUCAUGCUCUGACAACCAAAGUGGAAACUCGUUUUUAGUAGACUCCUUAAUCCACGGACGAGCCGAGAGCGGUGCCUCAUACUACCAAAGUAACGGCGUGUAUUUGUCACCAGGCUCGGAGUACUCCUAUGGACUACCCAACCGCGCUUUUUUCUCUGGGCUCAGUAAACGCAACGAGAGCAAUUCUCAAACUAUGGUACCCUCAUCUGGCCCAUAUUCACAUAUUCAAGGAAUGGAAACAUGGCUAGAGACUUCGAGAUCUUGUCGAGUAGAUCAGCCGAACAAUCAGCAGCAAAUUGCUCAUUGUUCAUUCUCUCCGAGCAUCAAAGAGGAGAAUGCGUAUUGCCUGUAUGAAUCAGAGAAGUGUCUUAAAAGGUCAACAACGACGGAAGACAUUUCCUAUUCCCGAUUAACACCGGGAUCAUGCCCGGUUACAAACAGCACCGUGCCUGUUCCCGGUUACUUCCGUCUGUCUCAGACAUAUACCUCUUCAAAGGUUUAUCAAGACGUUCCGCGGAACCCACAGCCUACUCAGUUCGCUCUACAACGUCCGGCCCGUUUCGACACCUCACCGCCAUCUCCUACCCCGGUGGCGGAUACAGGCAGGAGGGAGAGUGAAGCACUGCCUGACCCACCGCCAUGUGCUCCGGAUGAGGACACCCGGGCAUCGUCUGUAGAUGGUUUGUCGUCCCCCGAACCCUCCGAGAGCUGUGCGGAAAGUCCAGUCAAACCCUUUAAAGGAGAUGGAACAUCUGAAACCAAAGCUAACUGGCUGACAGCAAAGAGUGGCCGGAAAAAACGUUGUCCCUACACCAAGCACCAGACUCUUGAGCUAGAGAAAGAAUUUCUCUUCAAUAUGUACUUGACUCGUGAGCGUCGCCUGGAGAUCAGCCGCAGCGUCCACCUGACAGACAGGCAAGUCAAAAUCUGGUUCCAAAACCGAAGAAUGAAACUGAAAAAAAUGAGUCGGGAAAACAGGAGCUAUCGGGAGCUAGCGAACAACUUCAGUUUUUCGUGAGACAUUCGUUCGGUAUUUGGCGCCCUCCUCCAUCAAUGGCCAGAGCGCCUUCCUUUGAGAAACCCUGUCGUGUGAAUAUGUCCGUGUAGGUUAGGGCUACAAUUGCUAACUUAUUGAUAUGUCUUUUUGUUGUCAUUUUACCUGAUUACGUCUCUGUUUUGUUUUGUCGUGGUUAUGUAUUUAUACCGUCAUAACAUAUGGUUGCUCCCUUUAUAUACCAUGUUUCAGAGCUGCAUUUGUGGUACAUAAUACAUGUAUAUAGCCACCUUGAGUGACGCAUUGACAUCUGUGCUUGCUGGAAUAGCUCUUGGGGAAAUGUUGUAACCUGUAGCAAUAUAGGCCUACGUUACGUCAUGGCUAAAGAGCCUCGAUGGAUUUGAUAUUUAAUAUCUGCACAUUUUGCUGGUAUUAUAGCCAUAUAUACUAAAAGCAUCACACAAUAACUAUUUUGUAAAGGGUUUUAUUUAUACACAAGAAACUUAUCUGAGACUUGUAAAUAUUGUUUACAGUUUGCCUUCUCGUAUUUUUAUUCAUAUUUUUAUUGUUCUCUCCAAACCGUUUUAAUAAUAUGGCCCAUAUUGUCAUUGCUUUGUCUAUAGAGAGACUAUACUGUGAAAUGAAUUA